AUGAUAUUCCUGAUCGGCAAACCCACCCGCCCAAACCUCGACUAUUCCGACGGUGGCUUGGGCCUCUGGCUCCGCCUGACUCCCGUGCCGAAGAAAGAGAGCAGCAGCAAACAGGCGAGUCGCACCUGCACCUGCGCCAACCACAGUGCGGCUUCAAAUACCACCAGCGACGGCAGUGUCGCUCCUGCCACUACGGCUCCCAGCCAGAAAACUACAUCCACCGCCGCGAACAACAACGGACUGAGGUUCUUGCUGCCUUCCGCUCCGUUGCGUCUCGUGCCUGCGAUCACCGUGGCGGCGACCAAGGACAAGUGUGAGGGGGAUGUUGAGAAGGGCUCCGAGCAGGAAGAGAAGCCCAUCCUGGAGGCUGAGGUAGUUGAUGCGCCGUAG